CUGAGUAGUUGAAGAACAGAGUGGUUAGAUAAAACGUCGCGACUUCUGGAUAUUGCCAAUUCUUUAUCCAAACGUGGUAAAUUUAACGCUCUUUAAGCUCAUGAUUGUUGUUUUUAGCUUAUAGAAAUAAGUUAAAUACGGUAAAAACUCGAAAGAUAUUACAACGGCCGAAGAUAAAAAUAUAUUUUCGUUUACUUUUAGAGCAUAUAAUGAAAGUUGCAUCCGUGACACUUUUCAGCCAGGUGUCGGUAGAACGAGAAUCCCAGAGCUUCAAGCCAUCUUCACACUAGGGAUACACUUCGCAUCACUAAAUCCUACUUUUCUUGUGAUCUCCAGCCGCUCACGUAUGUAUGGUAAAAGGACAAGGUUUGUGCUAUCGCCUACAGGUUCCACUCGAUGAAGGGUUGUGUCAGAGCUCAUUAAUAAAAUACACUACCGAGAAGUUGAUACAAACCAAGUUACUCACCUUCUGGCUAAACAAAUAUACCGCAGUAAAAGCUCAAUUUGGCCUUUUAUUAUAUGACUAUAGGCCCUAUAUAUUUGAUUGUUUGCUGCUUAGAAGUAUCAGCUGACUUAUUAUAAUUGUGGUACUUUAUAUAGGACGUGGCACUGAAAUAAAAAUCUAAGUGAUGAAAGACAAUGUAGAUUAGAAUUUUAUACAUGGAGCAUUACUUCAUAAUUUCUAACCAAUCUACAAAAAACUCUCCAAAAGUUCUUUCCAGAAAUAACUUCUGAAGUACCUUUAACUAUUUAGAUGAAGCACAUUUUGCUGGAACAAAUACAAAUGUCAUUUUAAAAAGCUAAUGAUUUAUUUCAACUGACUCUGGAUGAUUGACUUUAUACAGUUUAACGGUGUGAAAUGUGUUACGAUCCGCUGCACAUUUUGAUCACGUGUGCAUUAUUGUUAUAUUUUAAAAUAUACAAAUAAAACGCUAGUUUCACCGGGAGAUACACAUACAUCGUUAACAUUACACUCAUUAAUGAAGUUGGUUGAAUUGAGAAAGAUGAAAGUAGAAAAAAACUUCUGUUUUAGUGAAUUCACAGCCAAUCAAUGGGAAUUACAUGCUCAUACUUAAUGAAAUAAAAUCUGUUGGUUACAGCAACGAUCUUUGUUGUUAGGUUUAUGAAGUAGGAUAUACGUUAAGAGAAUUCAAAUAUGGCGACCUACUUAUUUGAUCAAGUGCGAAGAAAUUCUGUUUCUGAAAUUCUGUGUUUUAUGUUGGUUUAUCCUGUGAUGGCUCUAACAGUCUCUUUGUUUAAAUGCCCAGACUCUUGUGCUUGUGACGACAAUGGCCAAUUUGUGAGUUGUAUCGGGGAUGGCUUAUGGCACAUUCCUUCUGAUAUACCUAACGUAGUGAAAAGACUUGAACUUCGGAACUAUAUCAUACUAACUUUGUCUGCCAAGGCCAUAGAAAAUCUUACAGAACUACAGGAGCUUAAAAUUCAACAAUCUGAAAUACAAUUUAUCGAAAAUGGAACAUUUACUAAUUUGAAAAAACUCCGUCAGCUAGAUGUAAGUCUAAAUCUUUUACAGAAUAUAGAUUACAACACUUUUUUUGGAUUGGGCGAUCUGACAUAUUUAGACCUAUCUUCCAACAGAUUAACUAAUAUUGAAGGGGCUUUCCAACAUUUGAGGCUUGUGGAACAGUUGAAUCUUAGAGCCAACAAAUUAACCACAAUUACAUCAGAAAGUCUUACUGGGCUUCAAAACGUUCAGUAUCUUAACAUGGAUUCAAAUAAUAUCUCUGUGAUCGAGGUAGGAGCCUUCCAGCUUCUCAACAGUCUUGCCCAUCUGAUACUUAGCAACAAUCCUAUAACCAGUUUAUCACGUUUGGAUAUUUUUGGUUCCAGACUCCAAUACAUUGACGUCUCAAACAUUGGACUCAAGCGUGUACCAUCAAGUCUAACCAGAUUUGUACGAGAUCUCAGAAUGGCAAAGAAUAAUCUCACACACAUUGGUACUGGAGACUUUGAUAGCUAUUCCUACCUUAGUUUACUUAUUCUUGACGACAAUAAUAUUACAAAGAUAGAAAAUGAUGCUUUCGGACGACUAGAAUACUUGGCACGUCUUUGGUUAAAUGGUAAUGCACUAGAAGGAAUACCUAGUAACUUGCCUUCGAGUCUUCGGGCUUUGUACAUUGAAGAGAAUUACAUAAAGAUGAUAUCUGCGUAUAGCUUUCGUGGACUGAGCCUCCUAGAACGACUUUUUCUCCAAAGAAACGUUAUUGAGAAAUUGGAAGAAUGUGCUUUCUGUGAUCUGAUCCAACUGAAAAUCCUGGACUUACAAGCUAACAAUAUUCAAAAUCUGUCAGUGGGAAUUUUCGCAAAUUUAUCAAACCUAGAAAGCUUAGAUAUUUCGCAGAAUAAAUUGAAAUAUUUGGGUUCUCACUGUUUCGAAGAGCUGGUCAGUUUGAAAAUUCUCCAGACUUCUCGUAUUUCUACUUUUAUUGUUUUCGGUGAAUCAGUAUUCGACACAUUGAAGAGACUUGAAAUCCUCGAAAUGUAUGACAGUCCUCAAUUUGCAACCAGAAUUUUAAACUCCACCCGAGGAUUACAUGGUCUGCGAAACCUGAAGGAACUCAAUAUCAUGCAUAACGGGAUAAUUAGCCUACGCCAAGAUCUACCUUCUUUUUUUCCCAUCAUGAAAGUUCUUAAGAUGAGUGGAAACAGGUUGCACUGUAACCAAAAUAUCCUAUGGUUGACCGAAUGGAUGAAAACAAAGACCAUUCAAUUUUAUCACAGGUAUGAUAUCAGAUGCGCUUCCCCCACCAAACUUGAAAACAAGCCUAUCAUGAUGUUAACUGAAAAGGACUUUAUUAUCACUAGCCCCCCUCCCGAAAUAAUAACAGUUACUGAAAGGCCGGAAAGCACAGCUAUCACAAAUCCUUCUGUGGUGAAAAUAUAUUCAUACGGGUUUUUAUCUCCGAUCAACUUUGAUCCUACUUUGACCAAUUCAACAGAGGCGCCAACAGAAGAUUUAUUUUAUGAAAAGAGCGUAAUUGCUUUGUUUGAAAACAGGACAAAUUCAACAGAGUUUGCGAUGUAUCGCCAGAUAUAUAGCGAAGAAAUGCAAAACAAAGCAGUCAAUGAUGAUAAUAAAGACAGAAUACAAAAUGAUUUAAAACAUAAAUCUUCUGAAUCUGAAAGUUCAAGUAGUAAAUACGUAAAGAAACCCUUGUCUAUAAGUGUUAGUUCUUCGCAUAAAAGAGAACAGAAUGAUGAAUAUACAACGCAUUCCCCUGAUCCAACAAAGUCAAAUUUAACAUAUCCUUCCUUCAAGUCCUCUGUCCACGGCGGCUCUAAUGCAAAUCAAAAUGGUAUAUUAACUUUCUCAGAAAACUAUGAAAAAUUCGCUCGAACAGUAGACGUAGCUCCAACAAUAAAAGUAUAUCACAGAAGCUUCUCGACAUCAAACAAAUCUAAUCUAUCAUCAGCAGUAAAUACUGAUGAUGAAAAAUAUCACCAGGAUCAAACCAGUGCAACAGUGUUAUCAUCCAUUCUAGCUGGAGGUUGUCUGCUAGCGAUGACUGGGCUUUUAAUUUUCGUAGUCAUAUUGAAGUAUCAAAAACGACCGGCUACCACUGCUUGUAAUGUUCGCAGAAGCAGUAGCAUAUCAUACUGUCCACAGCGAGACGAGGUAGCGAUUCUAACAGUGUCCGAAGGUACAGUGGGUCUCAAAACGGACACGCACUAUGGCCUCGGAAACAGACUUUAUUACCUAAUGGAGAACGGCGAACGUAAUGGCGAACCGAAUAAGGAUUCAACACCCGAUCCGCAACUUCAAGAACUACUGUCUGAAACAAGUGAACAUGUCUCAUGAGUUUCUAUAUGAACUGUGUUAUCGCAUCAUUUCAAGGAAGAAAUAUAAAACGGAAUGCAAGUGAAGAGAAUGUUAAAUGUUGUGUUGUAAAGUGUCUCAUUCUUUAAAGAAAUAACAAACUGAUUAGUUAAUGGAGAACGUAAUAUACAUACUGAUUAGUUAAUGGAGAACGUAAUAUACAUACUGAUUAGUUAAUGGAAUAACGUGCUGAUUAGUUAAUGGAGAACGUAAUAUACAUACUGAUUAGUUAAUGGAAUAACAUACUGAUUAGUUAAUGGAAUAACGUGCUGAUUAGUUAAUGGAGAACGUGAUAUACAUACUGAUUAGUUAAUGGAGAACGUAAUAUACAUACUGAUUAGUUAAUGGAAUAACAUGCUGAUUAGUUAAUGGAGAACGUAAUAUACAUACUGAUUAGUUAAUGGAGAACGUAAUAUACAUACUGAUUAGUUAAUGGAAUAACAUGCUGAUUAGUUAAUUGAGAACGUAAUAUACAUACUGAUUAGUUAAUUGAGAACGUAAUAUACAUACUGAUUAGUUAAUUGAGAACGUAAUAUACAUACUGAUUAGUUAAUGGAAUAACAUACUGAUUAGUUAAUGGAAUAACAUGCUGAUUAGUUAAUGGAUAACGUAAUAUACAUACUGAUUAGUUAAUGGAAUAACAUGCUGAUUAGUUAAUGGAGAACGUAAUAUACAUACUGAUUAGUUAAUGGAGAACGUAAUAUACAUGCUGAUUAGUUAAUGGAAUAACAUGCUGAUUAGUUAAUGGAAUAACAUGCUGAUUAGUUAAUGGAUAACGUAACAUACAUACUGAUUAGUUAAUGGAAUAACAUACUUAGUUAAUGGAGAACGUAACAUACAUACUGAUUAGUUAAUGGAAUAACAUACUGAUUAGUUAAUGGAAUAACAUACUGAUUAGUUAAUGGAAUAACAUGCUGAUUAGUUAAUGGAAUAACAUGCUGAUUAGUUAAUGGAAUAACAUACCGAUUAGUUAAUGGAAUAACAUACUUAGUUAAUGGAAUAACAUGCUGAUUAGUUAAUGGAGAACGUAAUAUACAUACUGAUUAGUUAAUGGAGAACGUGAUAUACACACUGAUUAGUUAAUGGAAUAACAUACCGAUUAGUUAAUGGAGAACGUAAUAUUAUGGAACUUGUGAACUCUAAAAAUAUUUUGUGAGCAUUAUAUUAAAAUUAUGAAAUGAUUUACAUAGCUUUCAGGUAUUUAGCUUGUUUUCCUUGACUUUAUAACGUGGAUAUCAUCCAUUAUAAAGCUUAAAACACGUUGUCUUACCAAUCUAAGGGGCCUUCUUAUAUUAUUUAUUUUGUAAGAUUUUUAUCUCAAUAAAAUAAAUCUAGUAGCAUUUAGCAAAAACGUAUAAUUAAGGUAUUUUUGUAACAACAAAAUGGAAACCUUUGGGCCAUUGAAAAUCAUCUUAAGUUCUGUGUGAGAUUUAAUAAGCCGUCAGGUAUCACCUUUUUUUACUGAAGCUUGACAUAUUGCAAAACCUCCAGAAGUAAAAAUUAAUGAGUACUUGUUUGAAAACUUCGUUUUACAAUAAAUUUUACAGAUCACGAUCAAAACGAUUUCUUAGAAUCAUUUAACAUUUAUGUUCUCAAUAAACAUCUUUCCAGCAUUAAUUUAUUCCUAUAAUACAAUAUUUUUGAGUAUUUUGAAUAACACGUAAUAAUAAAUAUGAUAUAACUUUCAGGAAUAUCAUAAAAUGAUAUAAUAACUGCUUUUGUGCGUAUUUUCCAUUUCAAGAAUGAUUAUUAAUUUAACUAAUAUUUUGUAUGUAAGUUGAGAAACGGUUAUUCUCAGUAGAAUUGGCUUGUAAUUAUCAAGCAAGUAAUACUUAAAAUAUGUUUCUCAAACUUGUGUUAAAUAACAGAUUGCUAUGUCUAUGUUAAUAUUAUAUCAUAGACAGUUGGUGAUUGCUAAUGUUGUUUCAACUUUUCACGUAUAAAAUGUUUCUUUAGCUCUUAAAUAAGCAAAAACGUUCUACAAUAACCUCUGUUUUUGCUAACGUGGUGACAUAGCUAAGUAUAUGUUUGUAUAUAAUAUAUCUUUUUCCUCUGCUUUCCACCUUCUUUAUUUUAUUUGUUUGUUCACUAACCAUGUGGAAAUGAUAGCGAAAUAGACUAAAGCCAAUUAGAUUUCUCUGUAUCUUGCAUAAAUGUUUUAUUCAAGUCAGACAGAGAAAGACACUUAUUGAUUACAGCUACCAGUUCCACAUAGGUUCUCAGUUUACUGAAUGUUAUUUGUACUCCCACGAGUCUGAAGUGUUCUGUUGUGCAAUUACGUCAGAUUGGAACAGUAAAACUACACUUGUAUAAUGUUGUAAAGAUAUGAUAUUUACUUGAACUUAAAAACGUUAAUAAAUAUAUUGUCUUUGAUAACGAUUAUUUUGAA